AUUGCGAUUUUGACUUCAUUCAUCUGAUGAUCAUUUUUUCCCAUUACCACCUUCUCAUUGCAUUGGCUUGUUUUGCAACAUCUGCACUCUGCAAGAAAUGCUACGUUGGAGAGGAUGACCCUGUCCUGGAAGACGAGUUCGACUACUGCGUCACAACGUUUAAUUCAAAGACUGAUGUCAUCACGUACAACGGAAAAACUGGCCCAACAACUGUGUUCAAGGAUGAUCCUAAUCCCAACAAUCUCAUCAAUAGCUUCUGUUAUAUCAGCAAGAAUCCUGACGUUGACGAAGUGAGUUGCUACUGCAAAGUGUCAAGAUGCAACAGAAUAGUCACCGUCCAGAAGUUCUUCGAGAUGAUGCUUGAUCACCGUCCCGAAUAGUUUUUUAAAUUUUUUUUCCGAUGAAUUGAAGUUUUGUUUUUUAUUAACAAACACCUACCGUCAACAAGAAGAAAAAUGGCCAUAUAAUCUCAAUAAGUGUUUUCCUCGUCUCCCCCACCCGUGAAUGACUAUUAUGAUAUCCAGUGAAUACAUAAUGGUAACAGAAACGUGUUUACAUCUAGA